UCAGCCAGAAGGCAAUCAAGUUUUUAAACGUUCAAUUCGUGGCUGUAGAAGUAUAAAAGCACUACACGGUAUUAAAAGCAAAAAAAGAAGAAAGAAAAUAAAAGGAAAAUGUUAAUUUUUCUAAAUCAGAAAUUAUGUCGAAGUGCUGUUGCAUUGAUUGGCAUUACCAUUGUAAUCGACAGUUGUUUCCUGUGUGUUCAAGGCAUCCUCGAUGAUGCAGACAACAACAACAACAACUUGAAUCUAAUUGAUGCAACCUUUGCAUCAGCAACCACAUCUAAUGAAUUCUCGAAUCAAGAGGAUAAUGAAGUAUUUACUACCACUACAGAUGCAACGGAAGCUGGUGUGAAACCUGAAGCGUUUACUUCUUACUUGAAUAUUUCUCAGUAUCCUGGCGAACUCUGCAGUCGUGUCUGUGUGAGUGGCCAACGACGUGUGUGUUACUUUGAAUUCACUCUAGAAUACUAUCAAGCCAUGGGAGUUGCGUGUGGCAAGUGUGCCAAAGGUAUUGAGGAGGAUUGCAACAAUCCGCAGUGUAUUGUAGGUGAUGGUGUGGAAAAGGGCGUAAUGAGUAUUAAUCGCCAAAUACCAGGACCAGCUAUACAAGUGUGCAAAGAUGAUUUACUCAUCGUGGAUGUGCACAAUCAUGCUCAUGGCUCUGCAGCUGCUCUGCAUUGGCAUGGUUUGCAUAUGCUGGAGACACCUUAUAAGGACGGAGUGCCCUUCUUGACCCAGUGUCCCAUACCCUUUGCCAAUACAUUCCGCUAUCAGUUCUCUGCCACUGAGGCGGGAACACAAUUUUAUCACUCACAUGCGGGUCAUCACAAGGUGAAUGGUCAAUAUGGCGCUUUAAUAGUUAGACAACCUGAAUUAACAGAACCCUUUAGUCCUUUGUAUGACUAUGAUCUACCAGAACAUCAUAUUUUAAUAUCGGACUGGAUGCAUUCUUAUGCCGAACAAUAUUUCCCCGGUCUUCCCAGUUCUAUGGGCAUAUAUCCGGACUCGGUGUUAAUCAAUGGUCGAGGAGUGUAUACUAAUCCCAAAACUAAACAACAAACCAAAAUACCACCAACUGUUUAUUAUGUCACACCCGGCAAACGUUAUCGCUUCCGUUUAAUCAAUUCUAUUAGUCAUGCUUGUCCCUUUCAAAUGCAGAUUGAGCAACACAAUUUGACCAUAAUUGCUUCGGAUUCAUACAAUGUACUGCCACGACCAUUUGAUACUUUAGUAUCAAACUCUGGCGAACGUUACGAUUUCAUUUUGGAAGCAAACCAUACCAAGGGUGACUUUUGGUUACGUGUAAGGGGCUUGGGUGUGUGUUCCAUAAAUCCCACUGAAUCAUUCGCUUUGAUUAGAUAUGAAUCGAAUGAUAUUGCGAACUGGCAGGGAGAUUUACAACGUCCUCCAUUGCCUAAAUAUGAAGAUCGUUAUCCUGCUGGCAUAUAUUUAAAUCAUCCAAAUGCUUCCUGCUGGGGUGGUGUCAAUGAUCAUUGCGUUACCGAAUUGACUGCCUUGGAAGAGGACGUGGAGUUGCGCAAUGCCAUGCCAGAUCAUAAAUUCUUUUUAGCCUUUCACAAUUAUCCAGUGCCAAAUAAGGAAAUCUUUAAACCGGGUCAAUAUAACCAUUUCUCAAAUCUCAACUCAAAUUUAACCAUAGUGGGUGCCAUUAAUAAUCUUAGUUUGGUAUUUCCUGAUUAUCCACCUCUCACCCAGCCCAGAGACAUUGAUGAGUCUCAGUUUUGCGAUGAUCUCAAUUGGCCGGCAAGGUGUGCCGGCAACCGUUUGUGUCCCUGCAUACAUCGCCUGCAGGUUAAACUCAACAGCAUUGUGGAAUUGAUUAUAGUGGAUGAAAGUGAAAAUGUAGGUCGUAUGCAUCAUCCAUUUCAUUUGCAUGGUUAUCGAUUUAUGGUCACUGGUUUGGGACAACAUCCGGAUGGCGUGCCCAUGAGUAUACAACGGGCUAAGCAAAUGGAACGUAACCGCAUGUUGCCAAGAGAUUAUUUUAAUGCUCGUCCUCCAUUUAAAGACACAGUAUCAAUACCCAGUCGUGGUUAUGCAGUCAUACGCUUUAGAGCAGCGAAUCCUGGUUUCUGGUUAAUGCACUGCCAUUAUGAAUGGCAUUUGGCCAUUGGAAUGGGUCUCAUUAUGCAGGUUGGCACCCCUCGACAAAUGGUUAAUGCACCCCCCAACUUUCCUCGCUGUGGUAAUUAUGCGCCACGCGUAAGAAGGCCCAGGUUUCUAUAGUUUCAACGAAUUGUAAUUUUCAUCAUUUCUUCUUCUGUAUUUCAACGAAUUCUUUAUUAAAUUUAUUUUGUGCUAAAAGUAACAAAAUCCUCUUGCUACCCUUUUACUUUUAAAUAAGAUAUGCACAAAGAAAAAAUACAAUAAAAAAAUAUUUUUCAAGCACAACCAACAGCAACAAAACAAA